AUGUCCGCCCAAGGCCGUCCACCACCUGCCAGCCUUCCGCCUCUUCCCGAUGAGGCACCUGUCCCCUUCUCGUCCUUGUUUGACAACUUCGAUCUCGCCACGGUCGACUCCACAGUUCAGUUUGCCAACAAGGGCAUCUUCAUCGCCUCAGAUGGUCGACGCUACCUCUUCCAAAGCAUACCCGAGUCGGAUACGCCAGCCGCUUCUCCGCCCAGCUCAACUGCUCCGAGUAGCAUACACCAGCCGGUCACAAACCCACAGUCGCCGCACGAGUUACACGACCGCAACAAUGCCUCUCUCAGGGGACGACAGAUGUCGAACGCGAGUUCGCGAUCACAGGCUUCGAGUUUCCGGACAGCGCACAGCGGGCGCUAUACCACCACCAACGUUUCCCCUGCUGCCUUGGAUCAGGCACAUGUAGCCGGACCUAAUUCCGCUACUGCUGCUGCUCCUCCUCCUCAGGACGUCACCAACAUGAUGUCCCACCUCAACAUCAACCACCACUACUUCAACGGUGCGGCACCAUACUUUGGAGAGUCUGACGGGGGCGUAGGACUUGCCGAGGUUCUCACGGAACGUGACACGGAUCCAUGGACUCCCGAAAGUCCUGUCGUUGAUAGCAGUUACAACAGACCUGUCUCUCCCCGAACCGCUUCUUACCAGCAACAACAACAACAUUGGAUGGAAUCUCACCACGACUAUAAUCAGUCCACACAAUCUAUGCGUAUCCCUGCAUCAACUCUAACGGCCGGCUUGAGCACUGCGCCAACAGCAGCUGCUCAAGCUACUUAUAAUGGUAACGGAGGUCAUCAUCAUCGCCAUCGUCAUGACGUCGACGGUAUCAACUACGGCGGGUUCGUGACAGGCGCGAGCUUUGCUACUUCUCAAGGACCUCGUCGACAACAACCGCCUACGCGUCAACCAGUUCUCGAGUCAUUUAUGGAAUCCUCUUACCCACAGUAUUCAACGUCUCCAAGCGGACAUUUUUCGCCGACGUCGCCCGUCUUUUCACCUGAUUCAUACGAGAAAGAGUUCGUCAGUUCCGACGGCGCAUAUGUCUAUUCAAGCUCGCCUCACUCGGUAGUCCUUCACGAACAGCAGUCUCCUUCCUCUUAUCCUGGACCUGGCCGUGGAAGAGGCGGUAGCGGGAGUGGGAGCGGGGUGUUUGUUGGUGUUGGUGCUGGAGCUUCUCAGACUAAUGUGGUUAGUAUCGGGACUUCAACAAAUCGGAUUGAUACCAGAACUGCGGUUGUGGUGGUUCCGGAACGACAUGCUUCUUCGUUUUCGAGCGAUAGUAGGAGUACGGGCCGAGAUCAUGUGUUACCGGGGGAGGAUGUUUUGUUUGAUGGGCCAGUUAAGAGCGCACCAACACUUGCUUCCUCGGCGUUUGAAGAUGGAGAACUCAAGAUUUUCCGAAAUACGACUACGAAAGAUCUGAGGUUUCAUUGCAGAGUCGUCAAAGCCCGAAACGCCCAACUAAUCCCCGUCUACGCCUACGACCCGCGCUUCCUCAACGUCAUCUGUCUUCAUGACAAAGAAACCGAAAAGUCCAACCCAGGCUACAUGUCCUCCUCGCCCAUCCCCGGCGGAGGUCCAGGCAACAACGGAAACGGCGGCCACCCAAACGGCAUCUACCAAUUCCCCCGCCUCGCCGACCUCUGCCACUUCCAAGCCCAGCUCACCGGCGAAAAGGUUCUUCUGGACAUCAGCAAUGUGAAACUCAUCCGGCUCUCCAAAGCCGUCAAUGGAGGUUCGAGCGACACUUACUCGAGCGUUCGCUUGCAAAUCUGGCACGAGGAUCCAGAUUCCCCCAACAGAAGAAGAGGGAUACAAAGUGACAAGGCGAGUUUCGUGACGGCUGGGACGGCGUUGUCCGGACCGCUUCGAGAUAGACAGGUGGCUAGUUCGAGCAAGUUGGUUGUUUACUUGGGGAGAUUGGGGGAGUAUGUGCAGACUUUUAUUACGGAUGAUAUUGAGGUGAAGAGUGAGGGGCAGACGAAGGUGAAGUUGAGGCCGAGACGGGCGGGGGUGUUUAGCAGGGAGGGGAGCCGGUGGAAGGGGAUUAAAGCACACAUCGAACAAAGACGCGAUUCGGAAAUGGCCGGGUUCAACAUCGAUGGCCAACCGCCAAACCCAGAUGCCGAAUACGGUUAUGAUCUUUACAAGAUGUUUGAGAUUGAGUUUGAGAAUCCGCCAAGCCAAGACAGCUUCAUCAGAAGAUGGGGAGAAGUCAUUGCCGAACGCCGACAGCAGAGAGAGAAGUUAAAAGUUAUUCAGGAGGAGUUGAGGGCGGUGGGCGGGUUGUAUGGGAAGACGGCUAUGGAGAUUCGGAUGUGA